AACAAGAGCUAGUGCUGUUACCACAAGCGCACGAGAAGCUGAGCUCAGGUCACGAUGUUAAUAGAUCAGACUCCACCAACAUGUCCUCGCCAACUUCUACUGGCGAAUCAAUCUACACACUGAAGACGGCCGGCUUGCUCAUAUCUGUCUGGGGAUUCUACCUUUUUCUACGAUGGCCAACGGCUGGUGCUGGCAGAGCGAUCUGCUCCGAGAUAGUCUCGUCAAUGUUAGAAAGAGCUCAGGCGCUCUCGCUGUGGAUGCUACUCGAAGAAGUUGCUGGGGCGCUUUUUGGCGCACCUAUGGUUGGCUACUUGGCAGUGUCGCAAGGGUACAGUUUCUAUUGCUGGCGAGAGCGCUUGUAGCGUGUUUUUCUCCGCGUUCUCACCCUUUUCUUUGGAAUGAUCUUGAACGGAUGACUCGCAUCAACUCCUGUAAGUAACAAGUAGUCACUCUGAGGCCGAGGAGUAUGUACUUACUUAAAUUGUUAGUCUUUGUGAAAUGAGCGAGUUGUAACUAAAAUAGGUACCAGCCAUUACCUGGAUCCGGUGAUAACAGUGUGGAUUUUAGCGCUGUGUCCGACGCAGCUACGCUACAGCAGAUGCAAGUGAAUACCGAUGCGCUUGGAUCUGCGCUGAGAUGGACUGGUGGAUUCUGUUGGGCUGUGUGUCUCGCAAUAUGGAGCGUGAUGCACUAUACCUUUGCCAACGACAAGGAGUUCGAGGAAGCUGAGGGGCAGAGCUGCGUCUACCUACCCG